AUAAAAUAAUUUAUCAUCAACAAAUUAUUAACUUUAUAUGCGUAUAAAAGUACAAUUUUAAUUCGUUUUCUAUAAAAUAUUUACUGAGGCUGCACAUACCCUCAAUAAGUUAAUUCAACUAGAAAAAAGCCACCGCAAUAGUUCAAAGCAUCUGAAGUACUCAAGUGGGUAAAAAAACGAAAUUAUAUCAGUGAAAACUAUCGGUCACGUGAUACCGGUGAAUGUUACACAAAGUACUAGCGAGCUGCGUAUUGGAAGGCCGGCCACAGGUAGUGACCUCGGCAUUGAAGUCUCUUCGCCGAGACAACGUCGUUCAACAGUUAUCGUGUGUUCGACUUCCUGACUGAUGGAAAAUAGCCGCGUUGUUUAAGUAAUACGAGUAAAAUUGAAUUGUUUUAUUAUUUAUUUAUUUAUUUAUUUAUUUUUUUUGACCGGGCAACUAUUUUGCAACUUAAGAUUUCCCACGGAAAUUGAAUGCUAAUUUAUUUUACCCUUUAAUUAUAAUUUUUAGAUGAUUAUUAUUUAUCACUAAAUUAACUAUCUAUCAAGUAUAGAAGUAUAGUGUUUACUCACGCCCGAAAACCGCACAGUUGUUGUUCUCACUACCGCACCCACCGGUUCAUAAUUGCUUUUGUUCUUCUCUGUGAUAUUAUACACUUUAAAAAUGGAAAAGCCGUGUCGGUAUGACUUAUCCGCGAUUAAAAGAUCACUGGAGUUGGCUGAAACUCUUGCCAGUGUUAGCUUAAUGACAUCGCCAGCUGCAAGACGACGUUUACAAGCAAGAAGUGUCGAACUAGGACUAAGACCAGGCCAACCGUAUGAACCGCCCAGAGAAUUACUUUUGUACUUGGUUAGGAUGGGAAGUUUUACAUCUACUGUGAAAAUUGACAAUGAAGAUUCCCAAGACAAGGAUUUAACAUUUGAAAAUCUUGAGACCUAUCAACAAUUACUUGAAUAUUGCCGUACUCACAAUAAUCAAUGGCCUAACUCACAACUCAUAAAAAGAACAUUUACAUCAAUCCCAUAUGAUCCAGAUAGUGUUGACGGAAAUCCUGUAAGAGUUCUUCAGUGGAACGUUUUGUCACAAGCAUUGGGACAAAAUAAUGAUAGAUUUGACAGUUGCCCUUUGGAAGCUUUAGAAUGGAAACAUAGAAGAUGUCAUAUGCUUGAAGAAAUUCUAAGACAUAAUCCUGAUAUUAUAUGUUUACAGGAAGUUGAUCAUUUUGAUUUCCUCAGCAGAGCUCUAGCCACACAAUCUUAUAGCGGUCUAUUUGUACCUAAACCAGAUUCCCCAUGUGUGUAUAUAAAUGAUAAUAAUGGACCUGAUGGUUGUGCAAUAUUUUACAAAAAUGAUAAGUUUGAUCUACUAGAAAAACACGAUAAAGUACUGCAAGUAUGGACAGUGCACAGCAAUCAGGUGUCAUUAUUAUUAGUACUUAAAGAUAAAAGUACACAAAAAGAAUUAUGUGUUUCUACUACUCAUCUAAAAGCUCGUAAAGGAGCCUUGCUUUCAACCUUGCGAAACGAACAAGGGAAAGAUUUACUACAGUUCAUAUCUUCUCAUACAGCUGGCCGUCCAACAAUUGUUUGUGGUGAUUUUAAUGCAGAACCUACAGAACCAGUUUACAGUACCAUGUGCAGUUGUUCUUAUUUACCACUAGAUAGUGCAUAUAAAUUGUCUGGCUCAGAACCGCCGUACACUUCUUGGAAGAUUCGUGGAGGCGAAGGCGAAGUUAUGCAUACCAUUGACUACAUGUUUUACACUAAACAUAAAUUAACUGUUAGUAACAUACUAGACAUGCCAAAAGAAAUCGAUAUUGGUGAAAAUAGAGUACCAUCUAUGACUUAUCCAUCAGAUCAUUUUUCUUUGAUAAGUGAUUUUUAUUUUAACAGCAAUACAAGUGUUUGUGAAUAAUUU